GCUGCCAGAGGGAGGGUCAGCAAGCUUUGCCAAAUACGCCGGCGCCCCAUACGCCCAGGAAGCGAAACAGGCACCUAGAUUCCUGCUCAACUAACAUGUCCACCAUACCCAUGUUUUAAAGCUGAUCUAGUUUGUUGUAGUGUAUUUAUGUUUUAAUAAUGCCUUAUUUAACUGUAUAAUGCCAGAUAGUCGCGGGGAUGAGGUUCACGAGAGAUAUCUACCGGCUGCUGGGGCUCUCGAGCGGCCCCAGUGAACAGAGAGAGGAGAGCAUGGAAACAGAAGCUGCGACUGAUGCCAGCCACACUUCAGCACCACAGGAGCCCCUCAGUGGGGAGGAGGGCUUAAGUGAGGAGGAGAGAUCCAAAAGACGGGCAGAGAAACGACGGGCUAAGAAGAAGCGGCAGAAAGAACGGAAGAAGCUGGAGAAGGGGAAACAGAACGAACAGGAGGAGGAGUCAGCUGAAGGCCCAGGUGAGAGUGAGUCAGAGGAGGAGGGACCAGGUGGGGAACAGGAAGAGGAGGAGCCUAUGAAGGAAGUGGAACCAGCGCCUGUCCCGCCCCCCACCAAGAGUUCAGUAGCUCCGCCUCUUGGAAGCAGAGCCAACCACCAGCACGCAACCAGUGAAGAGGACCCUGAGUGGGAUGUCAGUAGUGCGUUUGUGGCCAAUGCCGUGAGCCACCUGAGGCCGAGAGCCAAGAGCAGAACUCCACGCAGCAGCCGGGAGAACAAGGAGAACGAGCGCCGAGGAGGCCAGACCAACUGCACAGAUAGUGGGGCUAAGAGAAGUGCCUACCUCACAGAGAAGGGCAUCCAGCUGGUUCAGGAGGGCCAGUACUUUCAGGCAGUUUCCAUGUUUACAGAAGCCAUCAAGUAUGACGCUACCAACUACAGGUUCUUUGGGAACCGCUCCUACUGUUAUGAGUGUCUGGAACUGUAUCCACAAGCUCUGGCCGACGCCGAGAUUUCCAUCAGACUAGCCCCCACCUGGCCCAAGGGCUUCUACAGACAGGGCAGUGCCCUAAUGGGGUUAAAGAGGUACAGUGAAGCAGAGAAGGCCAUGGAGCAGGUGCUUUUGCUGGAUAAGGACUGUGAAGAGGCGGCCAACGAACUCUUCAAUUGCAGAGCCCUUCAGCUUAUGGACCACGGCUUUGAGGAGAUGCAGAGUGUCUCGCUGCUGGAAAAGUACACUACAGUUCAGGCUGCACUCGCAUCUUCCGAGGCAACAGCAGUGGUGUCCCAGGAGAGCUCCUCUGGCCAGGCUGGGGGUCCAUCUCUAUGGGUGGGGAAUGUCACCACUGAACUGACGGAAAAACAUCUAUGGGACCUCUUCAAGACGUGUGGAGAGAUAGAUAGUAUCCGUGUGCUGCAUGAGCGGUUCUGUGCCUUUGUCAACUUUAAAAAUGCAAGCAUGGCGUCCCGGGCCCUGGAGAAACUCAAUGGCUAUGGAAUUGAAAACACUCGACUGGUGGGCUAUGGGAUUGAAAACACUCGACUGGUGGUACGUUAUCCUGACCGGCGCACGCAAAGACCACUCCCUCUGCUCCCCUUAAAGGCCCCGCCCCCUCUCUCAGGAGCCUCUGGUGCCAGGCGACGGGGCCCUGUACACGGGGAUGAGUGUUACUUCUGGCGGACGACAGGCUGCCAUUUUGGGGAGAAAUGUCGCUACAAACACAUUCCUGACCAGCGGGGGAAAGACCGCAAGCCCUGGCAACCCUGAUCAACAGGGGGAAGACUGCUAGACCUGGCAACCCUGAACAACAGGGGGAAGACUGCUAGACCUGGCAACCCUGAUCAACAGGGGGAAGACUGCUAGACCUGGCAACCCUGAACAACAGGGGGAAGACUGCUAGACCUGGCAACCCUGAUCAACAGGGGGAAGACUGCUAGACCUGGCAACCCUGACUCCAGCACCGGCUCUCUAUGUGUCUGUCUGUCUGUCUCACUCAAACUGGACUAUUCUGUGUGUGUGUGUGUGUGUGUGUGAGAGAGAGAGAGAGAGAGACAUUAUCUAUAUGUGUAGGAGGCUCUUUAGGUUUUGGGUGAAAUGCACUUUAGUCAGCUCGAUGUCUUAGCUAAUCAACUGAUGCAGUUCCCAACACACACACACACACACACACACACACACACACACACACACACACACACACACACACAAAUACAAAUACACUCCCAGUGCUCCAUGGAAGCAUUACUUGUGAUCAUCUUUUGCACUUUAUUGUUCACCCAUUUAAAUGGGACUCUUCAGUUUAGUGGAAUCACCAGUGUUUUUACACUACACACACACACACACACACACAAACACACAGAGACACUCUGAGUGCCCCAUCUGAGCAUUGUGACCACCUUUUGCACUUUAAUGGGACUCUUCAGCGUAGUGGAAUCAUCAGUGUUUUACACUACACACACAUACAAAGAGACACACACAUACGCACACACACACACACACACACACACAUACAUACGCACACACACACACCUACUUGCAGGCCACACACACAAACACUUGAAUGAAAAACAAAACAUCAGUGUUGCGGAAUUCGGAAUGACGCCAUUUGUACUUCCUCUUCUUUUGCCCACACACACACACACACACACACAGGCCUAUCAUAUCACUAAUAUAAUUCUAGAGAUUUUUAUUUGGAUGAUCAAACUACUGCCUAUCACCUUCUGUGUGCCUUACAGGUGUGUGUGUGUGUGUGUGUGUGUGUGAGUGUGUCCUAAGUGCCUGCCCCCCUAUGUGUGCCUUACAUUAAUGUGUGAGUGUGUUUGUGUCCCAAGUGCUUUACAGGGAAGUGAUAGCGGGAUGCCUGAAGCGAAACCACACACACACACACACACGGAAACCCCCACAACUAUUUCACCAAUGUGUGUGUGUGUGUGCGCGUCUGAGACUGAGUGCUCUUCACACACGAGAGAGAAAGAGAGAAUUUUUUUUUUCCUGUGUGAAAACAUGUUUUAGUGCAAACAUCUGUUUUAAUCUACCAUGCUGUGUGUUUGCGUGUGUGUGCAUGCAUAUGUGCAUGUGCACUUGUGUAUGUAAUAUUUGUGCGUGUGUGCGUGCGUGCGUGCGUGUGACUGUCAGCCUAUGCUCCUGUGUUUUAUAUGAAGUGUUUCACACCAGAAAGCCAAAGAGCUCAUUGGAUUAAACAUGGUUUCAUCUCCA